UUUCAAUUUUAAGGUAUAGCCAAAGACAAAUUUCUAAAAAAUUUUACCUUAUCCCUAUGCUCUUCUCAUCCCUAUUAAGCCCAGCAAUUAUUAUCUACGCCCAAUUUCAAAUUGUUUAUUCGGUACAAGAAACUCGACAAAUAAUUUGUGUUGCAUCAGAAUGCUCCUGGAGUUGGGCUGCCGAUUUAACAUAUUUUUUAUUUACUUCAUUUUAUGGUUUUACGCUAAUUAAUUAUUCAACUGUGUGGAUUGUUUUAAAAUAUAGAACGUGGAAGGCAAACAAUAAUUUAGGUAAAUACCGUAUAUACUUCAUUAAUUACCCUGGGUAA